GGGACAACGAGGGCGACGUGUCCAAGCUGGCUGAUGUUCCUGCUGCCAAGAGGAAAGGAGUGAAGAGGCCGCAGCCCAAACUGGACUCUCAGAGGCUGAUCUCAGACAAAGGACUUCCAGCUCUGCGGACUCUGUUUGAUGACGUCCAUUUCAAAGGCAAAGGACACGAAGUGUCAGACCUGCGGCUGCUGAUGCAGAAGAUGGAGAACUGGGCCCACAGGCUUUACCCCAAACUGCAGUUUGAAGACUUUAUUGACAGAGUGGAGAAGCUUGGCAACAAGAAGGAGGUGCAGACGUGUCUCAAACGGAUCAGGCUGGACAUGCCGCUGACACACGAAGACUUUGUCGGUGGUGAAGAAGAAGCUGCUCCUGAAUCGCACGUCUUUGGAGAUCCAGAUCCGUUUAAUGAAGUGAGCUUCAAUAACCUGCAAGCGCCGAUCCACUCCACGCCGGCUCCAGCUGCCCCGCCUGCUCCCUCCUCACCAGCCUACUCCCCACCUGCCCCCUCCCUGACCGAGGAGCAGCGAAUGCGCAUGGAGCUGAACAGACAGCGCGCCCUGGAGAGGAGGCUCGCCCGCCAGCAGCAGCAAACAGAUCCCUCAGACUCUCAGACUGUUGACUCGUCAGCAGAUGAACCCCGAUCCGUCUCCUCUGCAAACGUCGUCAGCGAGUCGAAAGAUCAGGACGAGGAGGUGCAGGAUUUCGUCCUGGAGCCAGAGAGCGCCAGCACGCAGCAGCCCAGUACGCCUCCUCACACAGACUCCAAGCCUCCUGCAGAACCUCCUCAGGGUGAGGAGGAGGAGGAAACCAGCCUCAAC